ACUAUCUACAAUUUACAUAUGAUUUAAGUAAGUUUCAUAUGUGAGCCGGUGAAACGAAUUUAAUUUUUGUUAUACGUUAUUUAAAUUUUUUUAUAUAAAAUAUAAUUUUUAAACGAGGUAACAUAUAUAUAGAAUAUGUUCAAACAAAAACUUAAAGCUCUAGAUUAUAUGUACUGGGAUAAGGUUAAUGCUAAUGAAGUAACUUCAGAUACUGAGCACUUCCGGAAAUUGGUCAGCUGGUUGGAAGACCAGAAAAUAAGACACUACACCAUUGAAGAUCGUGCUGGCCUGAGAGAAAUCAGCAGCUCCAAUUGGAACAAAAGUUUCGACAAAUAUAUUCAAGAUGUUGGGUGUCCGGUCACCUCAUCAAAUCUAGACAAACUCGAAUGGCUGAUCGGUCUGGCUGUGAGACUCGAGUAUGAAGAUAAUUUAAACAAAUACCAGAAGGUGACGAAAGACAAGUCAGUAAAUGACGCAGUACCCAGCGUUAAAUCAACCAACCCAUUGGAUAACUUAGACUUUGAAAGCAAUGAGUUUAAAAAUAGAGUCAGCUCGUUAGCAAAAUUACUCAAAAUUCCCCAACAUCCAGAUCAUCGGGUAACACUCGAAGCCUGCAGUAAAUACGUAGUACAGAGAUUAAAUCCCAACGCGUUGAAAAAUCCUUCGAGUGUCGUGAUAAAGGGAAAACCGUUCCCAAUAAUGGAAACGGACAUGGGCUUCGACAUGGGUGACAAAGUAUUAAACAACACAGCAAAGGCUCUUAAUUUGUUGUACAUCCAAGAUCUUAGAAACCUCCAGACAGGAAUAAAUGAAGCGAUCGUCGCCGUGCAAAAUAUAACCGCUGAUCCUAAGACUGACACCAGAGCUGGAAAAGUUGGCAGAUAAAUUUAUUCAAAAUACUUCAACUACCCGCAUCACUGCUUAGUUAAGUUCUGUUAUAUUAUAAUUAUAAUCAUUCUUACAAGUCACUAGAUUUAAAUUGCAUUCAA